CGUUACUUUAGACCUUGCUCUGCUUCGUCGGUAAUUUCGGGCACCCGUCUCGUCCUCCAUGCUCCUCUCCUCCCCUCCAACGCUGCGGGCUCCGCCGCAGGCGAGGCCUCGCUUGGUGCUCUCUCGCCAGAGCUCUCCGCUCCACGCCAGGUUCCCUUUGAAGGCCCGAGAUGGCAGCCUGAAAGUUCUCGCGUCGCACCACUCGAAUCCGGUCCUCGUCUCCCAAUCCUCUCCCCCGCCGCUCGCGACUAGUCAAGGGCUUCGACGCGAUCCGGAACUAGGACUUCUCUCCCUGCUCUUUGUGAUCUCCGUGGCUAUGGGAGCAUUUUUCUCAUUGGCAGUCAUUUCUCUUCCAGCCCUGCGUGCCUUUAGAAGGUUGGCAGUUUCAGUGGAUGAACUGUCCAAAGUAGUCUCGGAAGAAGUACCUGGAACCUUGUCUUCAUUAAAGCUGUCUGGCGUGGAGAUUAAUGAUUUGACUUGCCAGCUUAACAAUCUAAGAUGGUGAUUGGUAGAACAGAUGCUGGAUAGGUCUCCAUGAGUGGUUUAGCUUUUACAAUGAGGAACGAGGAACUGCUACUGUAGCAUGGUAGAUGACAUGGUUAUGCUUUGCCUACAAAGUCUUCAUGAAUUUGGGAGUUUGUGGGAUUAUGGUUUGAAGACAAUUUAGCAAAAUUGUCAUCUGGCAGAAACAUCUCUAACUGGAGCAGAAUCUUGAUUGAAGUGCUUAAUAAGCUUGCAAGGUUAUUUGGUGUAAAGGGGAGAUUCAGAGGUAACAUCUAGGCCUUUUUCAUCUAUCGGAUGCGUAACAAACAUCUUGGGUGUGUUGUCCUUCAGCAGAUAGAAAGACAAUCUGCUACAAGAGAUGACAAAAGAGGUAGACAUAUACCUAUUGAAGCAACUUUCUCCUUUAUUUGAUCUUGAUAUUUCUCUUUUCAAGAUUACAGGUGUGACAAAUGAAAACUUGAAGAGCUCGCGAGAAACUUUUUUGGAUGGAGAGAGGUGAGAUGCUUUGCAAAGAAAGGGAAAGAGCGAAGCAGAAGGGUUUUCUUAAAGUUGGCUUUAGUGAGGAUGGAAAUUGAUUAGAGCUAGUACUUUUAUCUCAUGAUCUUUUUGUUUAUUAUAAUAGUUUUCUACCCACUCUGAAAGAUGUUAUGCUAGAUCAACACAUGAAACAAGCUUGAUCUACACAUGAAAGUUAGUAUAUGCUCACCCUUCUUUUAGUUAUUUGGCUAUUACUAGAUCAAAACAAUUGCAAA